CGACCUUUGAUUGACGCACCGCUGUCACCAAUGAAGAUGUAGCGAUUUGUCGCGAGCGAAACACACGCCUUUAUUGUAUCCAAUCAAGUCUCUGUAUUUUCUGAGAGACGGAUUCCUCCGCAAAUAGGCUGGCGGUAAUUUCCGACAGGAGGUGGGUCUUUACUCGCCGGUUUCGGUCAGAUGUCGUUCCCCUGACCGGAUGGCGUUUGGUCAGAAGGAAGUUUUGUUUUUGCGAGUUUACCGUCAGCUAAAACCCACAGACGGGAUUUAGUUACAUGUUUUUAAAUAUCGCGGAAUGAUAGCAGGUCUGUCUGUGUAGCUAGCAGCCACUCGACCCCGCGCAGUUUGAGCGGCUUUAGCUUUUUAACCGGAGAAACCCGAGAGCACCUUGCUGCUAAGCUAACGCUAGCGUCGUCUGAGCGCUGAGCUCUCCCAGCUGAAGAAGCCAUGGGGAACCGGGGCAUGGAAGACCUGAUUCCCCUCAUAAACAAGCUUCAAGAUGCUUUCAGCUCAAUUGGUCAGAGUUGCAAUUUGGACCUUCCGCAGAUUGCCGUGGUCGGCGGGCAAAGCGCCGGGAAAAGCUCUGUGUUGGAAAAUUUUGUUGGCAGGGACUUUCUUCCUCGAGGAUCAGGCAUUGUAACCCGCAGACCUCUCAUUUUGCAGCUGGUCAACAAUAAAGCAGAAUAUGCUGAAUUCCUGCACUGCAAACAAAAGAAGUUUGUGGACUUUGACGAAGUACGGGCGGAAAUCGAGGCAGAGACUGACAGGAUCACAGGCUCCAACAAAGGCAUCUCUCCCAUCCCAAUAAACCUGAGGGUCUAUUCACCACAUGUCCUCAAUCUGACUCUGAUUGAUCUCCCGGGAAUGACAAAGGUUGCUGUCGGAGAUCAACCAAUAGAUAUCGAGCACCAGAUCAGGGACAUGCUGCUGCAGUUCAUUACCAAGGAGAGCUGUCUGAUUCUGGCCGUCACGCCUGCCAACACUGACCUGGCCAACUCUGAUGCCCUGAAGAUUGCCAAGGAGGUGGAUCCUCAAGGUCUGAGAACCAUUGGUGUGAUUACAAAACUGGACCUAAUGGAUGAAGGCACAGAUGCAAAGGACAUCCUCGAAAAUAAGCUGUUGCCGCUCCGCCGAGGCUACAUUGGUGUGGUGAAUCGCAGUCAAAAAGACAUUGAUGGCAGAAAGGACAUCCGAGCUGCUCUUGCUGCGGAGAGAAAGUUUUUUCUGUCUCACCCAGCAUACAGACAUAUAGCAGAGCGAAUGGGAACCCCACAUCUACAGAAAACUCUCAACCAGCAAUUGACCAACCACAUCAGGGACACCCUGCCUGGACUACGCAGCAAGCUACAGAGCCAGCUUCUCUCCCUGGAAAAGGAGGUGGAGGAGUAUAAGAACUUUCGUCCUGAUGACCCCACACGCAAGACCAAAGCCUUGCUGCAAAUGGUCCAACAGUUUGGCGUGGACUUUGAGAAAUGCAUCGAGGGCUCCGGCGACCAGGUGGACACCAACGAACUGUCAGGCGGUGCCAAAAUCAACCGCAUUUUCCAUGAACGUUUCCCAUUUGAGCUUGUUAAGAUUGUGUUUGAUGAGAAGGAGCUGAGGAGGGAAAUCAGUCAUGCAAUCAAGAACGUUCACGGAAUCAGAACGGGGCUCUUCACCCCCGACUUGGCUUUCGAAGCAAUAGUCAAAAAGCAGAUCCUCAAACUCAAAGAGCCGAGCCUCAAAUGCGUGGACCUCGUGGUGUCCGAACUCACCGCACUCGUCAUGAAGUGUGCCGUCAAGCUCAACUCCUACCCCAGACUUAGAGAGGAAACGGAGCGCAUCGUGACGACCUACGUCCGGGAAAGAGAGGGGAAGACGAAGGACCAGGUUUUGCUGCUGAUCGACAUCGAGCUGGCUUACAUCAACACCAACCAUGAGGACUUCAUCGGCUUUGCCAAUGCCCAGCAGCGGAGCACAGCUGCAAACAAGAAGAGAGUGAUACCAAAUCAGGGUGAAAUUCUGGUGAUCCGGAAAGGCUGGCUAACCAUCAACAUCAGCAUCAUGAAAGGAGGAUCAAAGGAGUACUGGUUCGUCCUCACGGCAGAGUCUCUCUCCUGGUACAAGAACGAGGAGGAAAAAGAGAAGAAGUACAUGCUCCCUCUGGACAACCUGAAGAUCCGAGAUGUAGAGAAGGGCUUCAUGUCGACGAAGCAUAUUUUUGCAAUCUUCAACACAGAACAGAGGAACGUGUACAAGGAUCUUCGUCAGAUCGAGCUGGCCUGCGACUCUCAGGACGACGUGGACAGCUGGAAAGCUUCGUUCCUCAGGGCAGGAGUGUAUCCAGAGUCAGACCAGACGGAGAAUGAAGAAGCUCCCCCGGACACCUUCUCCAUGGACCCGCAGUUGGAGCGGCAGGUGGAAACGAUCCGCAAUCUGGUGGACUCGUACACCGGCAUCGUCAACAGAUCGGUCAUCGACAUCGUGCCCAAAGCCAUCAUGCAUCUCAUGAUCAAUAAUGCGAAAGACUUCAUCCACUCGGACCUGCUGGCGUACCUCUACUCCUCCGGGGACCAGAACGCCCUCAUGGAGGAGUCGGCCGACCAGGCCCAGCGGCGGGACGAGAUGCUGCGCAUGUAUCACGCCCUGAAGGAGGCGCUGCACAUCAUCGGCGACAUCAGCGCCAACACCAUCACCACCCCGGUGCCCCCACCGGUCAACGACACGUGGAUCCAGGAGGCCAGUCCGACCCCACAGCGCAGGCCACCCCCGUCCUCGGUGCCGCCUCCCACCAGACCACCUGCCGCCCGGGGUCCGACGCCCGGGCCACCAUUAAACCCCACUCCUGCCUUCGGAGCGCCUCUCAAUCCUUCUCCAGCCUUCGGCGCUCCUCCCAUCCCCUCUCGUCCGGGUGCACCCGUCAGUGCCUUCAACAGCACCCAGGACCCCUUCAGUGCCCCCCCUCAGAUCCCCUCCAGGCCAGCGCGAGUGCCCCCGGGAGUACCCAGCCGAAGACCCCCUGGUGCUCCCUCCCACCGGCCCACCAUUAUCCGCCCUGCCGAGCCCUCUUUGCUAGACUAGACCAGCGGCCCAGCCGAUCCCAUAUAUCAUGUGUGUUUCUGCGAACGUGUGUACUUGCACAUGGUAGGCUGAGGGGCUCACGGCUAGGAGGAGACCCAUCAUACGCAUUAUAAUCCCAGCAGAGGGUGGACGCUCUUCUCACUUAAAUUCCCAAACGUCUCUGUUGAAAUUGAGGGUCUAACACUACGUUACUCGAUAUGUAAGUUAUUAAACUCGUUCCUGCUCCAGUGCUUUUAACACCGAUUAUUGACCAACCUGAGUGCGCUUUUUUUUAACAAUGUGAAAUAAAUAAAAGAUAAUAUGAAAUCAGGCCGCGCCGAACACGGAGCAGCUACAUUUACGUCAUGAAGGCCAACAUUUUAGACACUUAUUUUCUGCUGCCCAGUAUUAAACACCCUUGUACAUAUCUGGCCAGGCAGCUCCAGUAAUGACCGCGAUUCAGUCCCGUAGCAGAUGACUGGACCCUAUUUAUGACCCGGGCGUUCAGUUCUGACCUCCACCCAUAUAUGCCAGAGUCCAGCAUCCCAACACCAGGGGCACUGCUCCUCCUACUCUUUGGUUGCUUCGACAAGGCGUUUGAAGAAAUGAAUCUUUUGAGCUGUUUCUUGAUCGAGUUGGUGGUGGGUGUAAAGCGCCUCCUGUCCUGGGGAACUCCCAGGGCAGGAGGCGCUUUCCAAAAAAUGCGGUGCUUCUCUGCAGGUCUGACCUCGUGACACUCUCAAAAUAUUUUGAUAUGUAGCACGAGUGUCACGAGUCCAGAGUCGCAGCGGCCCAGACUGUAAAUACAAACUCUGUAAUAAGGUUGUGGGAUAUCUGCUGUUACCCCGAUUGACCCCUGGCUCUCCCUCCUUCUGUUAAGUGCCUCUGUAGCAAUGAAUCCAUCUGAAUAAAGUGAUUGAGAGAAAGCGAAUAAAGAGGUGUCCUGUACAAACGAGGGACUGGCUCUGGUGGUUGGUGUCUCCUUGUGUUGUGUUUGAGCCUUCCUCUCUCCUGUCUCCUUCAUCACCCUUGACCCCUAGUUCAGCCCUGCAGACCACUAGCAUCGUAGCUCCUGCCUUAAAAGUGAAAAACAACGAAAACUGCUUUGUUUAUAUCGAGCGGUUUUCAUUCACUGUCUAAUACGUUUAAGACUACACAACUACACUAUCUGCAGUUCCAUCCUGUCUCAUCUAGUCAGCGCUGGGUUUGUGGCGAACCUCAGUGCUUUCAGAAGUUAAAGAUAAGAUAAAUCUGUGGUUCUAUGUUUGAAUGUUUAUCAUGAAUGUUCAAGUGGUGGAAGAUUUUUAAAAGCUUAAAACACAAGAAAUAUAGGCGCUACAAUUGUGCUAAUGUAACGGGACGUUGAUAGCUAUUCUUUUUAUUAUUUUUUGUAUCAGAUUUAACGUUGGUAACAAAUAUUUGGGAACAUAAAUACGCCCCAAAAGCACGUUUCAGAUCAAAGUCUGAAUCUUAUAGUGCAGGAAGAACGUCACAAUUGCAUCUGAAGACAUCAAGAUCAGAUGUACCAACUUGCAUUUUCACGUAAAAGAUCAUAUGUUCGUUAUAUGGCGUAAGGCACAUGACUUAUUUAAUAAUGAUUAUACGUGGUGGUGAACAGAUGAAGCUGUAUUAUGCUUUGUCGCCACUAGAUGGCCGCCGUUGAAUUCGGUGUGACUGCGCCUGCGCGGCCAAGUUGGUUGAGAAACUUUUCCCGGAAGUGAGCAUCAGGAAACAGUUUAGCCUGAUACAGUCUGAAAACCAGAGCUUGUUGUUUUCUGACAUGAAAUCUUGAUGUGAUCCCGACAGCAGAAGCUCAGCCACUUACGUCUAUUGUUGAAGCCUGAAAACUCUUGAGAGAUUAUAUUGAGA